AUGUCCUCCACAACCCCCACCACCACCACCACGAAGCUCCAAGCAAUCUACACGGCCCCCCACCAACAAUCCCAAACCUUCACGCAACCCAUCGCCGCCCCUCUCCCUGCUACCUCCCCAUCUGCCUCAACCGAUCCCGCCCACAUCCAAACCAAAAUAACCUACCUCGCCGAACUCCGCAAACAGGUCCCGGCCCUGCAAAACGAGAUCAACAUCUUUCUGACGGAGAAAAUGGAAGAGGACAAACGGGCCGCCGACGGCCAACUCUCCGAGAAGGAAGCCAAGGAGGAAGCCAAUUACGGCGAGGAGGUUGUGGAUGAGGAGGAGGAUGCUUGA